AUAUAUCACUGUACUGUGAAGAAGGAACACCACUGCUACUGAUUAACGAUUCGAUUAAAAAAUGCCUACCGGAAUCGAACAAAGGCGAGAUGUCGUGCCCGUCGAAAUUCUGGUGCCACGUUGGCGCCACACAGAAUUCACAAUAUUGCUGCCCAAAAAGUCGGAAAGUAAAGGAGCGGUGUCACCUGGCGCCGGCGAAUGGUUACGGAUCAAGUCAAAUACGACGAUUCUGGUACGACUGGAAGAGCUCUGCGUGCAAACAGCUUACCUAUUCCGGAUACGGUGGAAAUGAAAAUAACUUCCUCAGUAAAGUGGACUGCGAGAAAGCCUGCCUCGGUGCUACGCCGCCGAUAUCAUCAAUAGCCUUCAGUUCGUUUGCAAAUAAACUUGGCAUUAUUGCUUCUCAUUCAUCGACAAAUAAGCCCAGAAAUGCUGACAGCGAUGUUGAAUCGAAUCCUUGCGAGUUAUCACCAAAUAAGGGAACCAGUGUUGCAGGAAUCCAACCGUCUUUCAGGUAAUU